AUGGAACGUGCAUUUGAAACUACGUACAGUCAGGAUUACACACAUCGGUUAGAAAACCGUCAACUUGCGCUGCAGCACAAAAUAGAUGAAAAUCUUCCGAGCAGCUGUUUCUCACCAGCUUUAAAAUGCACUGUCGCAGUUGUAGCAGACGAUAAAAGUAAAAUGAGUAUUGACUUCGAAUCAGAAGUAAAAAAGAAAGACUUCACCACGUGUCUUGCAAAUCGUUUCGUCAAAAGUCUCGCCAAAACACAUCCCGAGUUGUACGCUGAUAUUGAAAACUACCAGCCAUGGAAGGAGCGCGCAGGUAAUUCAGCACCGAAAUCAAGCUACCAGGUGGAUUUUGACCGGUUACCAGAGAGUGUGCCAUGUCCCGGAAACAGUUUGGUGGAAUCCGAUCGAUGGCCAGACAGGAAAUAUUUUCAACGAGGCUGCAAUGGUAACACUUUAUUCAACAGUGCAUUGGAACCUAAUUACACAUCUUGCUCUUGUCAACUUUGUCCUAUUGAACACCAAGAAGGAGACUCGAACAAUACCGCUAGAUAUGGAUGCGUGUAUAGUAUAUCGAAUAUUCCCAAAAGUUAUAUAAUUUCUAGUCAUUGGCCUGAUAGAGAUUGGCAACGCAGCGUUACAAAUCGAACGGAGUAUCGUGAUAGUGUCGGACGCCUCGGUGGGAUAUUGCAGCGUGAAAAGGUUCACGAUCAUAGUCGUUGUACAUCUCAGCGAAAUUGCCGGCAUAUAUUUUGUUUGUAA